ACCGCGCAGGCUGCUGUCGGCGAUGCUGCUGCUCGUCCUGAGCGGGGCCGGCGGGGCCGCGGCCGAGCAUGUGAGCCUGGAGGACAACGAGAUCCCCGCCCUCGAGGAGCUGGUGUUCCAGGACCUGCGCGACCUACAGCAGCAGCAUGAGGAGAGGGAGGAGGCGGCGAGCGGCAGCGGCGAGCAGCAGCAGCGCGACCGCGGCGAGCGCGAGCGCGUGCUGCCCGUCGUGCACCCCGACCGGGGCCCCUACCCCAGCCGGCCGCGCUCCGCCUGGUCCACGCGCUCCGUCCCCAACGAGCAGUUCCCAGCAGAAAUCGAUGCGCGCGGUUUCCACGAGUCCGUGUUCGACAUCCUGCCUGGGUACUACUCCAUGUGGAAGCGCGCCGCCGGCGAGGCUCACGCCUCGCACCACCACAAGCGGCAGGCGCAGGGGGGCCUGUCCGCCCGCGGCUUCCACGACGACGUCUUCAACCAGGACUUUGGGGAGUUCUCCACUGUCAAGAGAGGCGCCACAAAGCACGACCUGGUUGCGCUGCUUGGGUCAAAGCGGAGGAAACGCAGUGUGGACUCGAAGCCUGCCAACUCGACGGAGAAGCGGGCGAGCGGGGCGCUCGGCCUGCACGGCGACACCUUCUCCAACGGCUUCGGGGACUUCGGCACCAUGAAGCGCGGACCGGUCGGCGCGGCCGGGCUGCACGGCGACACUUUCAGCGGGGGCUUCGGCGACUUCAACACCAUGAAGCGAGCGCCCGGCGGCGCCAUGGGCUUUCAUGGCGACACCUUCAAUAACGGCUUCGGCGACUUCAACACCAUGAAGCGCGUGCCCGAGUCCACCGGACUCGGCGGCGACUUCGGAGGGUUCAAGACGGUAAAGCGACAGCCUGGCGGCAAAGCCGGAUUCCACGGGGACACUUUCGACGGAGGCUUCGGCAACUUCAACACCAUGAAGAGGAGGUUGCUCUCCGCACGGGGCUACCCUUAUGAAUCGAAUCAGGACUUCAGUUCCAUGAAGAGGCGGACCGAGGGUUUCCACGGCGACCUCUUUGACAACAGCUUCGGCAACUUCAACACAAUGAAGAAGAGGGGCGGUGGGUCGGGGCUGCACUCCGAUACCUUCUCGAACGGUUUCGGCGACUUCAGCACGAUGAAGCGCUCUCCUGCUGCGGCUGGGCUUGAGGGCGACACCUUUAGCGGGGGGUUUGGUGACUUCGUGACCAUGAGGAAACGGAAACCGGGGGGAUCUCUAGGCUUCCACGGAGAUACAUUCACCAAUGGAUUCGGAGACUUCAACACGAUGAAGAGAGCCCCAGGUGGCGCAAUGGGCUUUCACGGCGACACUUUCAAUAAUGGGUUUGGUGAUUUUAACACCAUGAAAAGAGCACCUGGGGGCGCCAUGGGUUUCCAUGGUGACACGUUCACGAACGGUUUCGGCGACUUUAACACGAUGAAGCGUGCGCCAGGUGGUGCUAUGGGUUUUCAUGGUGACACUUUCAACAAUGGCUUCGGUGACUUCAACACCAUGAAAAGAGCACCUGGGGGUGCCAUGGGUUUCCAUGGUGACACGUUCACGAACGGUUUCGGCGACUUUAACACGAUGAAGCGUGCCCCAGGCGGUGCUAUGGGUUUCCAUGGUGACACUUUCAAUAAUGGUUUCGGUGACUUCAACACGAUGAAGAGAGCGCCGGGUGGCGCUAUGGGCUUUCACGGUGACACUUUCAAUAAUGGAUUUGGUGACUUCAAUACAAUGAAGAGAGCACCAGGUGGCGCUAUGGGUUUCCACGGUGACACCUUCACCGGCGGCUUCGGUGACUUCAACACUAUGAAGCGGAAGCGAAGUCCCGGAGAGUCCUUUCACGGAGACACCUUCACGGACGGCUUCGGCAACUUCGGCACCAUGAAGCGGAAGUCGGGUGGAGCAGCGGGGCUGCACGGUGACACCUUCGGCGGCGACUUCGGCGACUUCGGCACGAUGAAGCGCAACACCGACGGCGCCAAGUUCCACGACGACGCUUUCAACAGUGGCUUCGGGGACUUCAGCCCGAUGAAGCGCAACCUGGCACCCCAGCAGGGCGGAGGCGCCGGCGGCGGCCGCAGCUCGGAUGGCCCGCACAGCGACAUGUUCAGCUCGGGCUUCGGGGACUUCAACACCAUGAAACGCGACAACGAUAGCCGGCCCGACCUGCCGCCCGUGCGCACCGUCAAGGUGAAGCGCUCCAACAUCGCCGAGAUCCUGGUGCCCGGCUACCACGUGCAGGGCGAGAAGCCGGCCGCGCACCAGGACGAGGGCAACACCAAGAAGAGGAGGAACGCGUCCACGGACAUCAGCGGCGACACCCUUAACAGCCCCUUCGGCGACUUCAACACGAUGCGGAGGAGACGGAGGCAGGCGUAAAGGGCGCAACGACGGGGACGUGCUGGAGGCCACGUGUCUGCCGCGUUCCUGGCCGCGGGGCAGCAGCGCGACAGACGCGUAGAGAUUGGCGUUUAGCGUUACCUGGAGGCGGACACCCCGGGACAAUGCGGACCGCGAGAGCCGCCGCUGCACGAGUCCGGGACUGGGUUCGAGUCUCUGCAGAGGCGAGAUACUAUGUUUCUUUCCGCUUGAGUUUUCGCGGUCCGCACUACCCACAGUGAAAGAUAUGUUACCUUUCUUAUUGUAAAGUAAGAUUAAUUAAUUGAAUAUUAUUAUUUAUGUAUAAUUAUUGAUUCUCAUUCGUGUUCUACUUGAGAGUUUUUGUUGGCUGGCUGACAUAUGUUCUCUCUGAUACUCAUAGGACGUUUUGUAGCUUGGCUGGCUCAGCUAUACGGUUCUUAUGAAUGUAGAAAUGCCAUCCACGAUUUCUCGUUACGUAUUAAAUUUAAAGAAAAUGACGUACAAAUAAUUAUCUAGUCAUAACACAUACAUUGCAUAGAAUAAAUGAAUCGAUCCCAAAGCUAUUUCAUAUAUUUUUCUGUUUUACUGGGAGCUGUGGUGACUCAUACGCGGCAGUUAGCUGUGAGCCCGAUAAAUGAAAGACUGUCGCUAAGUGGUUUAAAAUUAUACCCCAUUUCAUUGCCCUAGUGACGUUUGAUAGUGUUUGUAUAUCCUCGUGAAACUCAAUGCGUGUGUUGACAGAGAUAUCUCGCAAAAUUAUUUUGAGGAAGUAGAAUAAAAACUUAUGGGUUUUGAAAUAUAUAGUUCUGAAAUGACUAAAACAUUAACAGUUGCAGUGAAUCACGCAACGUGCAGUCCAUAUAGAAUCUCCUUAACUGCCCUUACAUUAUCAUUUCGUGAUUAUUAUUAAUUAGGACCCUAUUUUGCUCGUCAUGCCACGUUUCGAUGAAAAUCUAGUCUGUUCUGUUAUACUUUCAGCGGUUAUUUUUGCCAUUAGUACUUACAUGCGGAGUGCCGUAAGUAGGUGUGAGAGUGCGAGUUAUUUUUCAUAUGUGUGCGGUGAGUUGAGAUGCUUGUCUGUAAUUUCGUAAUUUAUUUGAUUCAGUAAAAUGAAUUUGGCGCAAAAACGCCACCCCAA